AUGAUUCAAGUAAUAUCAUCAAGUUCAAAUUAUAGUAAAAACACUAGUGAAAUUAUCCCCAGUGAUGAUUUAAAUUUUUGGGUACAUCUGAUGCAUAAAUAUAGAAAUGUCGACAAGCCAUCAGAAUUUACAAAUCAGGCAGAA